ACAGCAGAUUUUUCACAGCUACUUUUAGAAAUCCACAGCCGAACCAAACAGGGCCUUAAUGCUUGGGGCCACGGGCACACACGGGCGCAGAGCCGGAAAAUAAUUGAGCUUGCUAGCUUGCAUUGACUUGACUUGGAGCUUCAGCUGGCUGCCUCUUCAACAACAAAGACUGGCUUGCAUUCUCUGCUCUCACCAAGCCAUGACUCUGCUCUGGUGAUUUCAGAUCCUGAAGCAAGCGCACAAGGAGGAGUUCCAGAUCUACAUCGAUUACAGGUAUGGUGGCUGUUCUUUAGAUCUGAUGGGUACCUCAAGUUGAAGAUCAGCCACACCCAUGACUCCAUGAUGGUUCAGGAUCUCCAUGAUGAUUCGCAAAUGCACAAGGAGGUCGCCUACAUGGAUCAUAUCUAAGCCAUUUCGAGGCAGCUUUGUAAGCACAAUAAAGAUUUCUCCUGCAAGGAAGAGCUUCUUAAUUUGUGACGACGCCAAGGUCUGUCGAGCAGGAAGAUCUGAAGCGCACAACGAGGAGGUCACCACAGGUCCAAGUCGGGCCGGAUUUACAUCGAUUACAAGCCAGUGGUUUCAGAAAAUGCAGCAUGUCGGAAAAUAAUUGAGCUUCAACCAUGAGAAGACUAGCAUUGACUUGACUUAGAUUCACUGGCUGCCUCUUGAGAUUGCUUAUUCAACAAGGCUGGUGUCUCACCAAGCCAUGGCGCUGUUUUUGUGAUUCAGAUCCUGAAGCGCACCACAGGUCGAAAGCUGUCCGGAUCUACACCGAUUACAAUCCAGUUUUCCUUUGCCAUUAUAAGCCAGGUAUGGUGGUUCUUUGGUUUUGAUGUGUAAAAGGAACAAAGAGGACACCUCAAUUUGAAGAUGGAACCCAGCUACUUGUCAGCAACAAGAAGCAAGCACACUCUCAGUCAUACCCAUGGCUUCAUGAGAGUUCAAGAUCUCCAUGAUUAAGAUUCAGUGACAACAAGACCAGGCAAGCCACUAGGUCUCUUCUUUUGGGAGAAGACUGUUCUGGUGGUUUCAGAUUCAAAAGUGUACAAGGAGGUUACCAAGAUCGAUCAGAUCUAAGCUAUUACGAGGCAGUGUUCGUUCGAAUUACAUUGAGGAAAAUAUACAACUAGGCGACCAAUCAACAGUGAGACAUUAGAAAUUCUCAGAAAGUAAUGGCGGAGAUUGUGAUUCUACUAGCCAUUAAAAAGAUUGGCACUGCCUUGGCAAAUGGAGUAGCAGACCAGGCAAGCACACAAUUUGCGAAGUAUGGGACACAACUACUAGAGCUACAAGCCAGCAUGGAUCGUCUUGUGAGGGAGCUUAGUGUAAUGCAUGAUGUUCUCUGUCAAAUGGACAUACGAAACCUCAACAACACAGUCUAUGAGAGCUGGCUGGAGGGGGUACGGAAGGUAGCAUAUAAUACGGAGGACAUGGUGGAUGAGUACUUGUAUCUAGUUGGUCAGGAGAAUGAUAUAGGGUGUUGCUUUUACCUGAAGAAAGGGUUCCGAAAACCAAGAUCUCUACUUUCUUUGAACCGGAUAGCUAUCAAGGUGAAGCAGAUAGAGGAAGACCUUACACACCUGUCAGAGACAAAAAACCGUUGGGUUCCCGUGAACAAUGGGGAUACUAGUAGCUCAGACUACAUUGUUAAGAGGUCCCAAGAUCUAGCGAACAUUUCACGUUCCCUUGCUGAAGAUCUAGUGGGGGUCGAUGAGAACAGUGAAACACUUCAGAAGUGGUUGGCAGGUGAUCAUUUGGAACGCUCUGUGAUAGCGCUGCUUGGAAUGGGAGGGCUUGGUAAAACAGCUUUAGCUGCAAAUGUCUACAGGAAGGAGAGGGAGAAAUUCCAAUGCCAUGCGUGGGUCUCCAUCUCUCAAACUUAUUCUAGAGAAGCUGUCUUGAGGAAUAUAAUCAAGGAACUUUCAAGAGGUAAAGUCAGUGUUCUAUCUAACACUACGGACAUGGACAUCCCACGUCUUGAAGAGACAAUUAAGACAUUUCUGGAACAACAAAAGUAUUUGAUCAUUCUGGAUGAUGUUUGGACUCCUGAAGCAUUUAAUGAUUUGUCUAGCGUGCUUAUUCAUAAUGAUAUGGGUAGUCGACUGGUAAUCACAACAAGGGAAAGCCGUGUUGCUGCACUUGCCUCUCAAGGACAUAUCUUAACACUGCCAGCUUUACCUGAAGACAAGGCAUGGGAUCUCUUCUGUAAGAAAGCCUUUCCAAGAGAUACAAGUCAUGAAUGUCCUACGGAGUUGAAGCAUUUGUCUGAGGAAAUAGUUAGCAAGUGCAAAGGCUUGCCUCUUGUUAUUGUGUUAGUUGGUAGCCUCUUGCGUGUGCGUGAGAAAACUGUGGAAGAAUGGAGAAGAAUAAAUGCCCAAUUGAGUUGGGAGCUAAUUAAUAAUUCAAGUCUCAGUGAUAUAAGGAAUGUUUUGCAUCUGAGCUUCAUAUACCUUCCAACACGCUUGAAAUGUUGUUUCUUAUACUGCAGCUUAUUUUCGGAAGACUAUCUUUUCAAAAGGAAACAACUUGUACGGUUAUUGGUAGCCGAGGGGUUCAUCGAGGAGAGGGGUGAAAGCACACUAGAAGAUGUGGCAGAAGGCUAUCUGAAGGAGUUGAUUGACAGAAACAUGCUACAACUUGUUACAAGGAACCACUUCGGUAGGAUGAAGGAAUUCAGAAUGCAUGAUAUCUUACGUGAAUUGGCAGUUGAUUUGUGCCAGAAGAACUGUUUUGGUGUUGCAUAUGAGAAUAAAUGUGGACGGUCUCAUCAGAAGGAUGGACGUCGAUUAGUACUGCACAAACAAAAAGAUGAUAUUCAACAACCAGUUUCCAAUAUGCACCACCUUCGAACUAUCAUUACGCUCGGUGAUAGCAAGUCAUCAUUCACUCUGCUACCUCUUCUGUGUAAUGAGUCAAGAUAUAUGACAGUGCUAGAAUUAAGUGGUCUGCCCAUUGAGAAGAUUCCAGAUGCUAUUGGGGAUCUUUUUAAUCUCCGCCAUUUGGGUUUGCGGGGUUCAAAGGUGAAGAUGCUCCCGAAGACAAUUGAGAAUCUUUCAAAUCUGUUGACACUCGACCUUUAUGAAUCUGACAUACAAGAGUUGCCUAGUGGGAUUGUGAAACUGAAGAAGCUUAGGCACCUAUUUGCUCAGAAAACAAUUGAUUCAGACUGGAGAGAGCUUGCAAGUUGCAGUGGUGUGCGUAUCCCCAAUGGACUUGGAAAUAUAAUAAACCUUCAGACGCUACAAGCAUUGGAAUUACAGGAUGAGUCUGUUAGACAUUUAGGGGAGCUGAGGCAAGUGAGAAGCUUGAGGUUAUUGAAUGUGAAAGGAAUCUACUGUAGAAGUAUCAGUGAGUCUCUAGUUAAGAUGCAGUAUUUGUCCUACCUAGAAGUGAAUGCAAGUAAUGAGAAUGAGGUUCUCUUGUUGAAUGUCCUUCUGCCAAGCCUGCAAAGGCUAUGUUUGAGAGGACGACUAGCAGAAGGGGCGUUGGACGAGUCUCCUCUAUUCCAAGCUGUAGAGGGACAGAACUUGUAUGUAUUGUAUCUAUCUUGGUCACAGCUGAGAGAAGACCCCCUACCAUCCCUUUCUCGGUUGUCAAACUUGACGUAUCUACACUUCACCAGAGCAUACAAUGGAGAGCAGCUGGCAUUUCUCACGGGGUGGUUUCCCAAGCUGAAGGUUCUCUCUCUAGGAGACUUGCUUAGUCUGAGUCGGCUAGAGAUACAGCAAGGUGCCAUGGCGAGCCUGGAGGAACUAUACUUAGUCAACCUCGGCAGCAUGACGGAGGUGCCGGCUGGCAUUGAGUUCCUCACAUCCAUCAAGUAUCUAGGCUUUCACGAGAUCAGCAGAGACUUCUUGACAUCCCUGCGCCAGUGUUCUACAAUCCAAGGGAUACUGUCACGGGCGAAGUAUUCCCUCCGAGAUUGACCUGCUACUCUACUCCCAAUCACCUGCCAACUAGGUGUACCAUGCAUGCAUUACUUGCUUCCUUCCCCAUCUCUAAUCGUACUACCUUGACAUGUUGAAAUGAUUUGGUGUUGGUUAUAUGCAGGUCACAUGCCGGAAGGUAGGAAGGAAGGAAGAGGCUUCACCACGAGUUAAGGCGCUGAUGCAUCACACUCAAUGUGCACAACACAGUGCUGCUGCUAAUCUUCUAUAUAGUGCUUCAAAUGUACUAUCUCACGUCUCCACCACAGUGCUUCACUUCUGCUGCUACUAUGUUCGUGUCAUCGUGUGCUUAUCAGCUCCGUGUGAUAAUAAGAUGGCACUUAUCGUGAGACUGACUGCGAGCGAUUUGUGUUUCCACAUUCAAACUACUUUACGUAUGUACUGCUUAUUUGUGUGCGCAUAUUGUAAGACAGACUUGAGUCGUGUUUCCAUUUUCAGACUUUUUCGCGUGUGCUAGUUGGGAACUAUGUAUGAUCUCGCAUAUUUCAGUUGUGUCUGUUAAACAAAAGUAUUGGCUUGUGAUUUAUAAUCCUCAGCUCAGAUAUUCAUCUUCA